CGGAUAAUCGAGUAGGCAUUCACGUCGUAAGGUCUGCCUGUAAUAAGAUUUACCUAAAAAAACAACCCUUUCUUUAAUGCAUUAUUUAUUACCAAAGGUUCGGUAACUUUUAAGUCAAUUUUCGUGUGUUUUUUAAGUUUAUUAUUAAAAUACUCGGAAUGGGUGAUAACGCUGAAAUCAAAGGAGUAAUAUCACCCGAAGAUGCUGCCAAAGCGGAAAAAUUUAAAGAAGAAGCAAAUGAAUUUUUCAAAAUUCAAGCGUACGAAAAAGCUAUAAAAUUAUAUACCAAUGCCAUAAAAUUAAAUCCAAAUGUAGCAGUUUAUUAUGGCAAUAGGAGUUUUGCGUAUUUGAAGACAGAAUGUUUUGGAUAUGCACUCACAGAUGCAUCCAAAGCCAUAAAGUUAGAUAAAAAUUAUGUAAAAGGAUAUUAUCGUAGAGCGGCAACUUAUAUGUCGCUGGGUAAAUUUAAAUUAGCUCUUAAGGAUUAUAAAACCGUAACUAGAGCAAGACCAAAUGACAAAGAUGCAUUGGCAAAAUAUACAGAAUGUUGCAAGAUAUUAAAAAUGUUAGCUUUUGAAGAAGCUAUUUCUGUAGAAGAGAAUAAAAAAAAUAUAGCUGAUAUGAUUAAUCUAGAGGCAAUGGCUAUUGAAGAUGAAUAUGCAGGGCCAAAAUUAGAAGAUGGCAAAGUAACAUUAAAAUUCAUGCAGGAUUUAUUAGAUUGGUAUAAGAAACAAAAUAAGUUACAUCGCAAAUAUGCCUAUCAAAUUUUAUUAGAUGUUAAAGCAUGGUUUAUGGCACAACCAAGUUUGGUUGAUAUUACCAUACCUGAAGAUAGUAAAUUUACGAUUUGUGGUGACAUACAUGGACAGUAUUACGAUUUAUUAAACAUAUUUGAAUUAAAUGGACUACCAUCGGAAACUAAUCCCUAUUUAUUCAAUGGAGAUUUUGUAGACAGAGGUUCUUUUUCUGUAGAAUGUAUAUUUACAUUAUUUGGUUUUAAAUUAUUAUAUCCAAAUCAUUUUUUUAUGUCAAGAGGUAAUCAUGAAUCUGCUACUAUGAAUCAAAUGUACGGAUUUGAUGGGGAAGUUAAAGCAAAAUAUUCUGAUCUGAUGGCAGAUCUGUUUACAGAAGUGUAUAAUUGGCUUCCUCUUGCACAUUGUCUUAAUAAAAGAGUACUUGUAAUGCAUGGUGGACUGUUUUCAAGGGAUAAUGUAACUUUAGAAGAAAUUCAACAAAUUGAUAGAAACAGACAACCACCGGAUGAAGGUUUAAUGUGUGAAUUAUUGUGGUCUGAUCCACAACCGCAAAUGGGUAGGGCACCUAGUAAGAGAGGUGUAGGUGUACAAUUUGGUCCUGACGUAACACAAAAUUUUCUUGCCUUAAAUAAUCUCGAUUAUGUUGUAAGAAGUCAUGAAGUUAAGAAUGAAGGUUAUGAAGUUGGACAUGAUGGAAAAUGCAUUACUGUAUUUUCUGCUCCUAAUUAUUGUGACACUAUGGGUAAUCAAGGUGCCUUCAUCACGCUUAAUGGAAAAGACAUGAAACCAUACUUCACCUCAUACGAAGCAGUGCCUCAUCCGAAUGUAAGGCCAAUGAUAUAUGCUAACUCGUUACUAAAAUUCAUGUGCUAGUGGAACAACUUAGGUAUAUUAUUGAAAAAUAAAUAAAUAAUGAUAACUGAGUACGAGUAGCCCAAUCAAAGUGUGUAUAAUAUAUUUGAUACUGAAAAGGAGAAGGUAAGAGCAACUUAUACUUCUCUGCAACAAUAACUAUUGUAUUCUUUUUAGGAGCUAGAUAAUUUUCUGUAUCAUAGUAUAUGCAAAGAAUGCAUAUUAUUGGUGGGUACAAAACUGAAAGAAGUUUGCUUGUUUAGUCAACUUGCAAACAUAUUUAUCAAGUUUUCUUGUCUAUGAUAAGAUCAACGCCUCAUUAUGCAUCAGCAAUUUUUGUUUGCUUAAAGCAAGAAGACGCGGAUGGAAUAUUUCUAUUUUGUACCCUUGAUGAAACCACCUUAUUCAUUAAAGAGAGACAUAUUUGCGCACAAAUGAAAAAUAUGGUCUAAACGAUUUUGAAUAAAAAGAUUAUGUUAAAAUAUUUAUAUGUAAAAAGCCAAAUUCUAAAGACAGGACACUUGUUAUUUAUUAGUUCAUUAAUUUAUUCUUUACUGUAUAAUGGUGGUUUCUUUUAUGAAACAGUGAAUAUUAUCAGGAAAAAAAAAAAUUAAUACAUAUGCGAUUUGGCAUGACUAUGUAGUACAAUAUUCCAGCCAAUCACUUUUUGUCACAUUAUUUGUGACUACUUUUUUACAAAUUUAUUGUGAUUGGUAGAAUUUAUUUAACUAAUAUUUUGUUUUGUUAAUAAUAAAUGAUGUUUAUAAUGUA